AUGGCACCCGCAGCUCUCCCCCAAAGAGGUCCUACAGCUCUCGGCUCCCUCCCCGCCACUCCCGGAAACGUGGCCACUCUCCCGCCUACAGCCCCCUCCGCCCUCCUCACCCGCACCCAACGAUGGAUCGAAGAGAACCAGCGAAUGCUCAUCCUUGGCGCGGCAGUCGCUGUCGUCGGUGGAGCAGGGUACCUCUUGUACAACCGUCCGCCUGCACGAAAGCCAAGGGGUCCCUCGGGGGCUGCAGCGGGCAGCGGGUCGGAGGGCGAAUCGGGGACGAACGGAGCCGGGGGAUCCAAGAAGAACAAGAAGAAGAAGAGCAAGAAGGCGGGUGGAGGGGCGAAGGAUGGGUUCUUGAAGGGUGAAGGGGAUGAUGGACCGCUGUUGGAGGAGAUUGCACCGAAGGAGAAGGUGCAGGAGAAGAAGGAUACGGUACCGGAACAUCUGGAAGGCGUACCUAGUGCUGCCAUGCUAAAGGAUCUGUCUGAAAAGGAGCGGAAUGAUCUUGGCGCGACGCUUAAAGAUAGGGGAAACAAGUUGUACUCGAAGAAGGACUUUAGGAAGGCUGUCGAGUGCUACACAAAAGCCAUCGAAGUGUCGAUAAAGAAAGACGCGGUCUUCUAUUCGAACCGAGCAGCCUGCUACACCAACUUCAGCCCCGCCGAGUACGAUAGGUGCGUCGCCGACUGCGACGAGGCGUUGAAGCUCGACCACAACUAUGUGAAGGCUUUGAAGCGCCGGGCGACUGCUCUCGAGGCUCUUGGCCGAGAUGAGGAGGCUGUACGAGACUUUACUGCUACCACCAUCAUCGAGCGAUUCCAGGACGAGCAAGCCGCGCAGUCGGUCGAGCGAUGCCUGAAGAAGCUGGCGUCCAAGAAGGCCAAGGAGAUCUUGGAGACGCGGGAACCGAAAUUGCCCAGUCCUACAUUCAUCUCGAGCUAUCUUGCCGCUUUCCGACCUCAUGACAAGCCUACUCUCCCCGAGAACCCAUCACAAGGCGACCAGACCCUCGCGCUGGCGUUUGAUGCGCUCGGAGCGGCCGACUAUAACCAUGCUGUCUCGUUUGUCGGAGAGGCGAUUGAGCAGGGGAUCAGCACGAAGGAGGGACAGGCCGAGGCUCACAACAUGCGCGGCACCUUCAAAUUCCUGAUCGGUGAUUCGCAGGGCGCCAAGGCGGACCUCGAGAAGGCGCUGGACCUUGUACCUAACUUUGUCCAGGCCUGGGUCAAGAUUGCGAGCGUACAUAUGGAGCUGGGUGAUGCCGCAAGUGCAUUCGGCGACUUUGAGGCCGCAAUCCGCCACAACUCUGAGGACCCCGACAUCUACUACCACCGAGGACAAGUCUACUUUAUCAUGCAAGAGUUCGAAAAGGCGAUUGCGGACUACAACAAGUCGACAGAACUCGACGGCGGGUUCAUCUUUACGCACGUUCAGGCUGCAGUAGCGCAGUACAAGCUGGGUCAGGUCGGGCCGAGUAUGGCUGCGUUCAGGAGGAUCUUGAAGAACUUCCCGGAUAGGGGAGAGCCAAGCAAUUACUACGGAGAGUUGUUGCUUGACCAGCAAAAGUUCUCAGAGUCAGUAGAGCGGUUCGACAAGUCCCUUGAGCUGGACAAGAACCGUCACCCCCGGAAUGUCCUUCCGCUCGUCAACAAAUCCCUCGCCAUCUUCCAGUGGAAGCAGGACGUCGGACAGGCUGAGGCAUUGUGCAAGGAGGCACUGGAGAUUGACCCGGACUGCGACGUGGCUGUGGCGACGCUCGCCCAGCUUUCGCUGCAGCAGGGACGGAUCGAUGAGGCGAUCCCGUGGUUCGAGAGGAGUGCGAAGCUGUCGAGGACAGAAGGGGAGCUGAUCAAUGCUAUUACUUAUGAACACGCCAGUCGGGCACAGCAGGCAUUCUUGAAGAAUUACCCAGAGUACGCAGAGAGGCUGAGCCAGAUGGCAUCGGGCAUGCAGUAG